UGAAGUCUUCUUUGUCCAAAAGGAAAGCCUCCAUUAUUAUCCGAAUCUUCGAACCUCCCAACAACAGCGCCACCACCUCCACCAUCUCUCUCACCUAAAACCUUUCACGAUUCUCUUGUAAAUUAGCAAUCCAAACCCCCCUUUUUUGCGUCCUUAAUCAAUGAUUAAUCGCCCCCAAAACCCUUAAUUUUCCCCUCUAAAUCCCCAUGACGAUCCGUAGCUUAAUCCACGAGAUGCGCCCCAGGCUUCACCGGGUGGUCCACGACUCGGCCGAGUCUCCGCCGGGUUCAUCCGACGAGUCGGAGUCACCGUGUCGGUGGUCGGAGCUUCCGGAGGAGCUGCUGAGGGAGAUCCUGACGAGAGUCGAGACGGACGACAGUGGUGCCUGGCCGUCGCGGCGGAGCGUGGUGGCUUGCGCCGGUGUCUGCCGCGGCUGGAGACUCCUCACCAAAGAGAUCGUCGCUGUUCCUGAAGUCUCCUCCAAAUUGACAUUCCCCAUCUCUCUCAAACAGCCUGGCCCUAGGGAUUCUCUGAUCCAAUGCUUCAUAAAACGCAACCGAACUACUCAGACUUAUCAUCUGUAUCUCGGGUUAACCAAUGCUUUGACGGAUGACGGGAAGUUUCUUCUUGCUGCAUGCAAGUUCAAGCACGCGACUUGUACUGAUUACAUCAUCUCGUUGCGUCCGGAUGAUAUGUCAAGGAGAAGUGACGCUUACACUGGGAAAGUGAGAUCGAACUUCCUGGGAACAAAAUUUACUGUCUUUGACGGCCAGCCACCAAACGCAGGAGCGAAGAUGAGGAAGAGCCGUCGUUCUUCUCAUCUCGUGAAAGUUUCACCCAAGGUUCCUCUUGGAAGCUACCCUGUUGGUCAGAUUUCAUACGAGUUGAACGUCUUAGGCUCCCGGGGACCAAGAAGAAUGCGUUGCGUUAUGGAUACAAUACCUGCAAACUCCGUUGAACCUGGAGGAGUAGCUCCAACGCCGUCAGAGUUCCCGUUUCCGUUCCGAUCCCCAUCCAAACCAGCCAGCAGCAGUAACACGCCACCCGGGGACUUGGGCCAUCCAAAAGACUCGGCCUUGGUGCUGAAAAACAAGACACCAAGGUGGCACGAGCAGCUCCGGUGCUGGUGCCUGAACUUCCAUGGCCGUGUCACGGUGGCAUCCGUUAAAAACUUUCAGCUUGUGGCGGCUGGUCGGGAAACGGGCCAGCCAUCGCAGCAGCAGCAGCAAAGGAACGAGAGGAUAAUACUUCAGUUCGGGAAAGUGGGGAAGGACAUCUUCACCAUGGAUUUCGGGUAUCCGAUCUCUGCGUUUCAGGCCUUCGCCAUUUGCCUUAGCAGCUUCGAGACCAGAAUCGCCUGCGAGUGAACGGAAGAGAGAAACAGAAGGUGCCCUUGUUGUUGUUGUUGUCUGUAUCUAGUUGAAGCCAUUGUCUCUGUGUCUGUUUUCUUGUUUGUCUUUUUUUUUUCUCUUAGGAAAGAAAAUCUUUGGUCUGUUUGAUGCUAAGAAGCUGAGAUAUGUUCAUGGUGUUGUAGUUCCUCCUGUAUUCCGUAGUUUUUUUUUGUUGUUCAUCCGUCUUCGUGAUUA